GAGGACAAAUGAGGUCCAGCUACAAAAGGGGUAACGGCUUUCUACAAGGCUGACACGGGCACGAGCUGCAUCCAAAUUCAAGUUGAUCCUGACCUUUGUAUAGGUCCCAGUUGUCCUUUUUUUUUCCUUUUCUUAAUCACGAAGCUUUAAUCAUAGGUGUAUUUCUACUAGUCUCACGUAAUACACGGUUAGCCAACGUCCGAAGAGUUGUCAAAGAGUUUAGCUCGAUUCAGCCCCCUAACCAGAGCUUUUCACAUCGUACAUGAGGUAUUCCCAAAGUCUAUCUAAUCUAUGAACAAAGCCUAUGUGGUUAGUUAGAAUAUGCAACGGGUAGGUGCACAUUCAAUACGUAGGAGGUUACAAAGACCCUGUUAUGCACCGAAGCUUGAAAUUUGAGAAGCAAAGACAAUACCAAACCAACCAUUAAUUGACGAUCAAAGCAAAAACCAUGGCUGCGUCAAAGCACGUCGCUGUGCUCGCCUUUCCCUUCACCUCACACGCAGCCACUCUCCUCAGCCUCAUCCGUCGCAUAUCCGAAGCCGCACCCGAUGUUUCCUUUUUCUUUUUCAGCACAGCACAAUCAAAUGACUCUGUAUUUUCGAAAAGCGAAGAGCAUGGCAAAAUAAGACCCUACAGCGUCAGCAACGGAUUGCCGGAGGGCUAUGUUUUUAAAGGCAAUUUUUAUGAGGCUGCGAAGUAUUUCGUGAAGGCUCUACCUGGCAAUUUUAAGAGCGCCAUAGAUAAGAUUGUGGAGGAAACAGGGAAAGGUUUCGAUUGUUUAGUGACGGAUGCAUUGUACUGGUUUGGUGCCGAUCUCGCCGAGGAACUGCAGGUACCAUGGCUUCCACUUUGGAUAGCUGGACCACGCUCGCUCUUCCUCCACCUUGAAACAGACAAGAUCCGACAAUACAUAAAGAGCUAUGGUUCUAAGGAAAAAACAUUGGACCUUUUUCCGGAGUUUUCUGCAAUACGCGCUUGUGACCUACAGCCUGAAAUAACCUCUGAAGACAUGGAUGAUCCCGUUACAGUAAUGCUGCAUAAGAUGGGACUAGAGCUACCGCGAGCCACUGCAAUUGUUGGAGAUUCUUACGAAGAAUUAGACACCACCAUUGUGAACAUGCUCAGGUCGAGAAUCCAAAAAUAUCUCCCAGUGGGUCCCUUAUUUCUAACAUCUCAACCACCUUCAUUUGUUGAUCCUCAUGGUUGCUUGGAAUGGUUGAACAAGCACCAAACAGCAUCGGAUAGUAGAAGCAGAUUUUUUAAAUGUUUCGAAAUUAAUGAUGAAGAAAAAGAAAGCAUAAAGAUAGUGUUGACCACCACUUAAGAUUUUUUCAAAAUAAAUGAAAAAUUAAGUA